AUGGCAGAACUUAUGACGCAAUCCUCCUCGAAGAUCAUCAUGCAUGAUACCACGACAGAUUUAAAUUGGGCUGUCUCUCCUGGAGCUUUGAACCUCUCUAUCCAGCACUACACCUAUAAUCCGGCUACUGUUGCUUCACCUCACCACUGCCGAUUCAUCUUGUCUAGAUCGAUUGAUCCAAAUCCUCUUAUCUCCAAGAAAAUGUCCGCCCCCUAUCCAGGCCGCCAGUCCCCGGACCCGGAGACCCAGUCCAACAACCAGCAGGCGCCUUUGACCUCAGGAAAGACGACAGCGGAGUUUCGGGAGGAGUCCAAGAACCUGGCCCAGAAGGGUACGCAGAAUCUGACGAGUAACCCGGAACAUCCAUUGGAGAAGAUUGAGGCGGCGAAGUUUACCAAAGGGCCUGGCAAUUGA